CGGUUUCGUAGUAUCCUUCCCUUCAGCCCUGUCUUCUCUUGCUCACAAGUCAUUCCAUUCAGCAAUAAGAGGAAAUGGCAAUGCAGUUUUCAUGGCCCAAGUAGUCUCCUCUUUCUCCUCCAACCUGCAAAAGUUUUUCGUCACACCGAUUACGGCUCUGCGCAAUAGCUUAAAACUCGGCACUAUAGCUCCCGCACCGCCAUCCAUAGCUCUCGCCAAUAGGACCGCCGAGAGUGCGACGAAUCCGCCAGUCCCUCGUCGCCGAUCUCGCCCAGUAACAGUUACAGCUUCGACCAACGGUACUGAACAAGAAAGCUCGGAGGAUCCCAAGGCGUCGAGCAUGGCGAACACCAAAAACGGGUUGGCGAGAAAAGGAACAUUUCGCUCAGAUUAUGGAUACAGAGCUUCCCCCGACAUGGCAGCCGCGCGCGCAGAGCCACUGCUGCCGCGCGAGCGGAGCGAGUGCAACCUGCAGGGCGGGCACGAGCAGCAUCUGCACCACCACCACCACGGCUUCGGAGAUAAAACCAUCACGUUCUGGGGGUCGUGCGUUUUGAACUUCAAUAAUAUCACGGGACCAGCCGUGGUGGUUCUGCCUCUGCUAUACGCACAAGCGGGGUGGUUCCUCCCAACCGCCGGGCUCACGCUCAUGUGGCUGUUUUCGUCGUUUGCGGCGACGAUGAUGUGCGAGGCGCAGCAGCGAAUUCCCGGUAACAAGGGCUUCGCUAGGCGCUUCGAGUACUGCACGCUCGUGCGGCACUAUUUCGGCGAUCGGUGGUACGCGCUCGCACAGAUCGGGUUCAACGCGGGACUGUUGGCUUCAAAUAUCGCCUCCAUGAUUGUCACUUCUCAGGUCCUAGACUCAGUGGUCUACCGCCUAGCCGGCACCUCCUAUGGGAUGGACUACAGCCACUGGCCGCCUUCCUUUGUGGAGUCGCUGGCAACCGGCGGGGCGGGAGGGAACGUGUGCGCGUGGGGGACGACGAGUAGCGGUGACUGCAACCGAUCGGUGAUCUCCCUAGGAUUCGUCCUGGCAAUGACGGUCUGCAUCCCCUUCGCCCGCCUGAACCUGGAUGACAACAUGGGCUUCCAGUGGCUAUCCAUGCUGGCUCAGCUGCUCUUCUCCUUUGAGUUCGCCGCCCAGUUCAUCUCCAACCUCCUCCCCGGCUCCCCCAACUACUGCGCUGGCAACGGGCCCGGCAGAACCCCCUUUCUCGGCCUUGAUAUAAGCCAGGUGCUAGGAGUGUGUGUGUUUGCAUACUCUUACGUCAGCACCAUCCCCUCGUGGGCCAAUGAGAAGAAGCCAGGUGUCAACGUCAACAGGGCCAUUUGGCUGCCUGCUUCCGUCGGCUGCGCCCUCAACAUCCUCCUUGGCCUGCUAGGAGCGUGGGCGUUCAAGCUGGUGGACGACGCGGGCCACCCAUUCAAAGGCACCGACAACAUGCUCAACAUGCUGGAUGGGCAGGCGGAUGCCGCCACCAUGUGCGGCCACCCCCAUGUCUCCCCAGCCACCGAGUUCUCAGUGUACAUGUGGGGCUUCUUUGGCUACAUCCCGGGGAUCCCCAUCCUCGCAAUCAUGGUCCGCUACAACCUGCAGUCCUCGGGGCUCUUCUCCGACUCGGCGGCCUUCUUCUGGGCGGUUGUAGCGCCCUGGAUACUAACGGCCUUCUUCUAUCAAGCUGAGAUGCUAGUUCAGUUCUGCAACUGGGUGGCCAUCAUCUGUCAAGGCUUCAUCAACCUGGUCGUGCCAGCGCUGCUCUUCCGCGCAGCCCUCAUCACCUACCCCACCCCCGAAGAGCUCGAAGGCCGAGGCUACCUCCUCGUUUCCCCCCAUCCCUCCUCCCACCCCUCCUCCCAUCCCUCCUCCACCUCCCCUCCUUCCUUCACCCCUCCUCCAUCCUCCACCCCGCUUCGCACCACCUCCAGCACGGAUAGAAGCCUCGUGGGGCUGAUUCACACGGUGAUUGCCGCUCUUUCCCCCUCCCACUCCUCUGCUUCUUCUGACGCAGCUGCUGCUGUUAUGGGGAGUGACAUGGAGGGGGCAGGUGCUUAUAAGCAGAUGCCUGACAGUGCUGCUGGGGAGGCUGGGAAGGAAGGGGAUGUGCUUGUAGAGGGGGCUCAGGUGGUUGAUUCGGAGAGUGACAGUGGGAGUGUGAGUGAGGAAGGGGGGAGUGAGACAGACCCCCUUACUGCUACUGCUGCUGCUACAGCCGCUGCCACCACCACUACCACUACCACCACCACCACGGCUGCUGCUGCUGCUGCUGCCGCUGCUGCAGCAGUAGCUGUAGACGUUGAUAGGAACAGAGAGGCAGCUCAACGGCAGGCAACUAUCAGAACAGGAGGAGCAGGAGCAGGAGCAGGAGCAGGAGCAGCAGGAGCAGCAGGAGCAGCGGGAGCGGCAGUGACUCUGAUUGGUCCAGGUCAGAAGGUGUUUGUGGAGCCACCUGUGCAGGCAGUGCCCACGUGGCUGCGUGUGGACCCCUUGGUGUUUGCCAACGCGAUGGCGUGGACCCUAGGGUCCCUGGUGGCCGCCAGCAUCGCCCUCACACUGCUAUCGCCCUAGCUACAACCCUUACAGCCAUUUCAGCUGCUACAGCCGUUGCAGCCACAACAGCCGUUGCAGCCGCUACAGCUGGUACAGCCUCACGUUCCAAGACCCCCCCCACUCUGCUGGUGAUACUACUCGUGGGCGUUAAGAACUGCCACAUGGGCGAUACCAACUGCCAAGUGGGCGUUUCCAACUGCCAAGUGGGCUUUGCCAACUGCCACUGGAGGAACUGUUUGUGCGGCAGACAGGCUCCCAUUCUCCAAACACGUGGUUGUCUUACCACACAUACUACGUAGUACCGGUGCCCAUCAACUAACACGCCUUCCCCGCGCUUAGAUAAGAGGGUUGGGUUGGGUUCACUUGCAGUAGGUGGUGUUUCUUCGUCAAUUGCUUGGUCAGCCUUGUAACGCGACUACAGAUGUGCUUGCUCAGCACGCUUUUGCUUAUGAUGAUGGAAUGGAAUUCUGGAAAUGCAGUUAUAAAAGUUGAAAUUUCGAGGAAGUU